UCUAAAGGGGGCUCUCUCACGAUACACAGACAAAAUAUAAAUCAGCAUUCAGUCUAGUUUCUGCUCUCCUCGGAUGUACCGUUCUAAAUUUCUCAUCAUCAAUCAGUGAACUGGUUUUUGUGUUGUGUAUAUCAGACAAAACACGAAAAUAAAAAAAACAAAAAUGCUCGCUAGAAAAUGUUCCUCAAUAUUUUGUGCCCGACAAAAAUUACUUAAAGGAAAUGAAAUUCUUUGGACGAGAAAUAUGUCCGCUGGACCUCUACUUCAUGAGCCAGAGAAACCAGUGAUAAUGACCGACAUUCCUGGGCCUCAGUCUCAAAAAUUAUUUAAAGAAUUAAAUAAUAUACAGCAAGCCGGUUCAGUUCAAUUGUUUGUUGAUUAUGAAAAAUCAACAGGAAAUUAUGUAUCCGAUGUGGAUGGAAAUAUUUUACUAGAUGUUUAUAUGCAAAUUUCAUCGAUGCCUCUUGGAUACAAUCAUCAGGCGAUGCUUGAUGUUUUAGCCGAUCCAGUUAAUCAAAAAAUAAUUGCAAAUAGACCGGCUUUAGGAGUUUUUCCCGGUGGAAAUUGGCCGAAAAAAUUAAAGGACGUUCUUUUAAAAAAGGGCGUUGCACCACCGGGUUUAACGAAUAUAACAACAAUGAUGUGUGGCUCGUGUUCCAAUGAAAAUGCAUUUAAGGCUAUAUUUUUUUGGUACGCCGAGAAAAAGAGACAAGGUGCUCCAUUUACUAAACAGGAAAUGGAGAGUUGUAUGAUUAAUAAUAGUCCAGGAUCGCCUAAUUAUUCGAUUAUGUCUUUCAAAGGAGCAUUCCAUGGUAGAACUUUGGGCUCUUUAACAACGACUCACAGUAAAUAUAUACACAAAAUUGACGUACCGGCUUUUGAUUGGCCAAUAGCACCUUUUCCAAAGUACAAAUAUCCCCUCGAGGAUAAUGUUCGUGAAAAUCAACAAGAAGAUCAAAAAUGUUUAGCAGAGAUAGAAGAUCUAAUUGUUCAAUAUGAGGCAAAAAAUAUUCCAGUUGCUGGAAUAAUAAUUGAACCAAUUCAAGCUGAAGGUGGUGAUAAUCAUGGGUCACCGGAAUUUUUCCAAAAACUUCAAAAAAUUGCAAAAAAGCACGGAUCGGCUCUUUUGAUUGAUGAAGUACAGACGGGUGGUGGACCAACUGGAAAAAUGUGGUGUCACGAACAUUUUAAUCUUGAAUCCCCACCGGAAAUUGUUACAUUUAGCAAAAAAAUGCAAAUGGGCGGCUACUAUCACAUUCCCGAAAUGAAAGCCAAACAACCUUAUAGAAUUUUUAACACAUGGAUGGGCGAUCCAAGUAAAUUAAUUUUACUUGAAUCUGUUUUGCAAGUUAUUGAGCAGGACAAUCUUUUGGAUAGAGUGGCGCGAGUUGGCGAUUACACUCUAAAACAAUUGAAAACAAUUCAGAGGGAAUUGCCACAUGCUAUUAAUUCAGCCCGAGGUCGUGGAACAUUUAUUGCCUUUGACUGUGCGACUCCUGAGCUUCGCGAUUCUACGGUUAAAAAAUUAUUAGCAAAAGGAAUUCAAUCAGGAGGCUGUGGGGAAAAAGCAAUUAGACUGAGACCCGCUCUAACAUUCACGGAAUAUCACGCAAAUAUUUUCCUGGAUACUUUGCGUUCCGUUCUCAAGGAAUAAGAAAAGAAAAAUUAAAAAAAUUAUUUUCCAAAGUUCUUUCAAUAUAUCCAGUGUCUUCCAACAAAAAAAAAAAUGCAAGAAAAAAAAUAUAUUGUCUUCCAUAUGAUAAAAAAAAACAACAGAUUAUUUUUCUACACGAAUUAAAUAUUUUUAGCUAAAUUUUACUCUCCUUGUCGUAUUAUUCAAGAACAGAAAGAAGGACAAAAAAUAUAGAAAAAAAAUUUCUUUUUUAGUUUUUGAAAUUUUAGUUUUACAACACACAUUUUCUACCUCCUAAAUUCAUUUCGUGUUAUUAAUCAAAUUUAAAAAAAAAUUAAAAAAAGAAGAAAAAUGUUUAAAAAAUUGUAAUUUCUGUACUAAGUAUUAAAAAAAAAAUAAAAAUUAUUCUUUUUCAUUAA